AUGGGGAAGAGAAAAAGUUGCGAUAAUCUCGAAAAAAUUAAAAAGGUGAUUAAGAAGCUAGAAAAGAAAUUGAGGAAAAAAGAAAAUCUUGAAGGCUUUAAAGAGAGUACUCCUCCAUUGGUGUAUUUAUUACGUAGGAUAGCAAUUGCAGAGUCAUUAAAGGAAAACACUAUCGAAGAAAUUCCGAUAGAUGGUCAAACAACCGCUUCAGGGAAUAUAAAUACAAGAGAAAUAGUGGAAAAGUUAAGCGAUACUUUAAGGAUAACUGCCGAAAUCUUCUAUGAAGACUCGGCUGCCAGAAAAUAUUUCGAUUUGUCUGGAGCAAAACUAGUACUAACAGAAGCAGUGAAGAACACAAUGACGGACGAGUUUUUCAGAACAGAUCAGAACAGUACAGACUACCCAAAAAGCAGGAGCUCAGAUAAAAGCAGUGGAAAAGAAUAG